AUGCAGUUUCCCAUGGGCCCUGCCUGCAUCUUCCUGAGAAAAGGCUUUGCUGAGAAACAGCGGGAAAGACCAUUGGGACAAGAUGAGAUUGAAGAGCUCCGGGAAGCAUUUCUUGAGUUUGACAAGGACCAAGAUGGGUUCAUCUCUUGUAAGGAUCUGGGGAAUCUCAUGAGGACAAUGGGUUACAUGCCCACGGAAAUGGAACUGACUGAGCUGAGCCAGCAAAUCCACAUGAACUGUGAGACCCGGGGUGGGGGCCGUGUAGAUUUUGAUGACUUUGUGGAGCUGAUGGUCCCCAGGCUGCUUACAGAAAAGGCUGAGAUGAUUGGCUCCUAGGAGAUGCGAGAUGCUUUCAAAGAAUUUGACACCAACGGAGAUGGAGAGAUCACCCUGAAGGAGCUGCAGCAAGCCAUGCACAGGCUUCUGGGAAAGAAGCUCACCCCCCAGAAGGUCUCCGAAAUUGUCCAAGAAGCUGAUGUGAAUGGAGAUGGCGCUGUCAACUUUGAAGAGUUCGUGAAGAUGAUGUCUUGCUGA